AUGGAUGAAGAAGUUAGUGCUCAACAUAUCGCAAGCUUCCUUGAGCACGAUAAACUCGGAGACGAAGAGGUUAUGUACAAUUUAGAGGCUGUGGCCAGUCAACCAAAUCGAACAUUACUCGAAUGUUAUCUCCGUAUUGUUGACGGUGAGUAUCUCACCGUUAGAGUAGAUGGCGAACAGAAUCCAUCUGAAUGCUUUGAUCUCUGUUAUAUCGAGGACGUUCAUGGGUACUCCUGGUCCCGUAAAGGCACAGAAUAUCCCCAACUUUUUGUAUUUCGUUUCCUUGCCCGAAAAAUUACCGAUGGGGAGGCACCCAAUGAAGUUCACAUUUUCUCAAUGAACGAUACAAGAACGCUGAAAUGGGUUAUCGACAUUGUUAAUGAUGCUGUAGAAAAUGCAAAUCGGGCAGUAAAACAGCAGGCGAAACCGCGUCAUCAACCUACAAGAACUAUGUCCAAGAAGAAAGAUGCAAUUAACCGGCCAGAUCGAAUUAAACGUCACAAUCGAGAUGGUGCUGGUGUUGGAACAACGGGAAAAUUGGAGGAAUUAAAUCAACUUUUUGAUGAAAUCGAAAACUUUGAAUCUCUCUUGCAUGACGCUGUUUCCUUCCAAGUCACCGGGGCAACAAAAGUUGAUAAAACAUUAUGGAGGGACAGCUUGAAUCCCCCAUCAUAUGAAGCUGCAGUGGCGCAUGUUGAACGGAUCCGAACAUGCAUCAAUGUAGCCUCAGUUCUGCGGGAUCAUAUCCAGGACCCAGGACCGGGAGAAUUAUUGAAUCGACUCAUGGAGUCAGUUUGGUGGGUUCAGAAAAUAUGUGACGGAAAUAGAGUACUUCACUAUGAUCCAAAUCUCGUGAGAUCGGUAUGGCGUCCUGCUUUCACCGAGAAAGCCGUUCGAACUCUUUCAGACUAUCUUCAAGCUGGAAACAAGUCUUUUUGGCAGUCGCUUGGAAAAGCUUGGACUGUUCCGGGUGGCAAACCUGAUGGAUCAGAUGGAGAUUUCAUGCUCUCAUCAAGAUCUAAUGAAAUUGAACGAAGUGGUUUUAAACCAGAAAUGACUAUUAAAGACUAUGGCUAUUACAAACCAAUUCCUUCAUUAAAUGCUCCACCAGAGAAGAAAGAAGAGGCGAUUGAUAUGGAAGUUUUUAUCAGAGAAGUCAGAUCUCGUGGUGGAACAUUGGUCAUUGCAAAGCAAAAGAAUGUCAGCGAGGCGGCUAGGGAGAUGAGCGUAAACGUUGGCGAUGUCCUCGAGGUUCAUUAUCUGGUGACCCAACCGCCUCAAACUCAGCCACCACCCCCUCCUCAACCUGUCAUUGUCCCUAUGCCUUUCCCCAUGAACCAACCAAUGAUGGGUCCAAUGAUGGGAGGUCCGGGCAUGUUGCAGCAUGAUCCCUAUGGUGGACUGUACUCAUCAAUGCCCCUACGUGGUGGGCGUAAUCCCAUGGAUCCUUACUAUAUGGAUUACGAGAAUGCAGGACAUCGUAGAAGGCGUUCAUCACCAUCACCACGCAGAUCUAAUCGGCACAAGCGGAAAGAGAGCAGUCGAAGAAAGAAGAAAUCUGGACGAUCAAGUUCGAGCUCAAGCAGCAGUUCAAGCAGUUCAAGCUCAAGUAGUUCAUCUUCAAGUAGCAGUGGGAGGAGCUCCGAUGGAAAGGGCAGGAAGAAGAAGAACAAGAAGCACUCGAAAUCGAAGAGGGACCAUAUUCCUCAGGCUCCAACACCGCCUCCCCCACCGUCAAAAGAAGAUACAUAUGAUGUCAUUAACCAAACCGUUCGCAAGCAGAGAUUUUUAUCCCAAAUGCCCGGUAAGUUAUAUCAUUCACAUCUGUAUGGAAUUUCGAUCCGAAAUUAG